GAAGGUGCUUUAAUAAACAAUGAGCGUCUCCGGCUGGCAGCAUGACAUCACCGCUGGAUUUGGAGACAGAGACGCGCACGGGGAACGCUGAGGCACCAUUAACCGAAUCUGCACCAUCCAAGUAAAUAUUGGCAUCGCAGUUUCUCCAGGAGGUAUUAGAUAACAGGUAAAGAAUAUAUAGGCUAUGUUCCGUGCAGAAUUGGCCACAGACCGAGAAGGAUUUAGCGCCAUGGCCUGGAUUUAGGACUAUAGAGCUUCAGCAUCAUUAUUAUCUGACGGUACUGGAUGUCCCCUCCCCCACCACCCCGUUUACGGAUGGUCCGGUUAUAGGCGUCUUUUCUUCCAUUCAAGAUAAACAAAACAAGCGAAAUCCAGUGCACGGACGGAUAUUUAUCGCGUCCCGACAUUUCUAGAGGUCAGAUUGCGUUGCCUUGUGUGUCGCGAGGUGAUGCACACAGCUGAGCACGAGGACUCGCGCGCGCACGCCAACCGAAGCUGUUCGUGGUGCUGAAGGCGGCUGAGAGAACGCGCGACAAAGCUGCGAGGAGUAUGGCCGCCGGCAAGCUGCUGCUCUACGCUGGUCUCUCUCUGUCCCUGUGCGCGCUAGGCAUGCUGGCCGUGGCCGUGUGCUCCGACCACUGGUACGAGACGGACGCCAGGCGCUAUCGCGAGCGGUGCCGAAGCUUCUCGAGCCGCCGCAAGGAUCCGGGUUUCAUCUACAUUCCCAACAACAGCCUGCCGCUGCGCGCCAGCCGCUCGCGCCUCGACCGCUGGGAAGGCAAGCUGCUCGUGACGCGCAACCGACGGCAGCUUUUCGCCAUGAGCGCCGCUGACGAGUGCAGCCGCCAGUACAACUCCACCAACAUGGGCCUGUGGAGCAAAUGCCACCGCCUGGGGUUCGACCAGGAUAUCGAAGACCUCAUUCGGAAAGGUUCCAUUGCACGAUGCUCCUAUAUCAAAUACCACUACUCCUCAGCAACGAUACCCAAGAAUCUGUCCUACAACAUCACCAAGACCAUCCGACAGGAUGAGUGGCACUCCUUGCACCUGCGCAGGAUGACGGCGGGUUUUAUGGGCAUGGCGGUGGCCAUCAUCCUUUUUGGCUGGAUCAUUGGCAUGCUCGGCUGCUGUUGGGACCGAGGCCUAAUGCAGUAUGUGGCGGGUCUGCUCUUCCUCAUGGGUGGUACCUUCUGCAUCAUCUCGCUGUGCACCUGCGUAGCGGGAAUUAAUUUUGAGCUUUCUCGCUAUCCGCGCUACCUGUACGGCCUCCCAGACGACAUCAGCCAUGGUUACGGCUGGUCCAUGUUCUGUGCCUGGGGUGGCCUGGGCCUGUCUCUUAUCGCUGGCUUCUUCUGCACGCUGGCUCCCUCCGUUCAGCCAAUCCCACGCUCCACCUGCCCCAAAUCCCGGCAAGAAAACGGCACAGUGUGUUAAGCGGAGGCUGCCGACAAAGUCACCAUGCAGGGGCGUGCAGAGUGGAAAACAUAUAAACAAUAAGACGACUGUUUAUCAAAACCAUAUGUUUGUUCCAAAGUCAUUUCUGAUCUCACCAGUCAGAUGCCAUUUUCGUGUGACUUUGCAAGUAAGUAUCCUGAUUGUUCCAUGACAAAAAAAUAAUAAUAAAUGAAAGCCAGUAUGUUACUGAGAUUCCGAAAUGGAGAUACCACACAGGAACACUUCACUUUCAGGAUUUUAUUUCUUUCCCAUUGAGAACAUUGGGAAAGGCAGCAUGAAACGGCGACUAAUGGAGACUUGUACAUCAGUAUGUGAAAAUACAGCAGCAUGAAACCUUGAAAGGUGUGUAAGAGUUUCUAGCUGUUAGUUGUCUCUUUAUUGAUAAAUUGGUGCUUUGGGGUUGAAAAAAAAAUCCCAAUAUAGUAUAUGUGUUUUGUGUUUGAAGAGUUACUGAACUGGAGACAGUGCCAAUCUAUAUCUAAGGAGGGUAACAAUGCAAAUGAAACGUUUUGAAGCAAUGGAUUCUAUGAUACCAAUAUAGUUAUAGUGAAAUGGAGCAGCACUGGAUACUGGAUACAACCACAAGCCCUUUAGUCUGCAGACAAGAAAUCUGUACUGUAAGAAAAUGAGGAAGACACUGUAAGAAGAGGAACGGGACACAUCUGCUGGUGCCAGUAUCUCUCUACUGCUGUAUUGCAAAUUGUAAAGAAUAUUCCAGAACAAAUCAUUACCAUGAGGAGAGAUUUGAGAGAGUUUCAUUUCUUCCAUUCUCCAACAGGAUCAUGUAAAUGUUUUUAACAUGGUACUCCACCUUUUUUUUUUUUCCUUUCUUUAAUUGACAUGUACCUUGAACGGGUGUGAGUGUAUACGUGUGUAUAUGUCCUCAAUUUCGCUCUUCUCGAUAAAUGUUGUGUUAAUUUGGGUGGGUGUUUAUUUUCUGAAGAGGGACAGAGGAGGGGAAACAACAGUGUCAGAUAAAAAAAAAAGAAAAGAAAAAAAGAAAAUGCCAGAAACGUUCAACUCGAUAGGUUAGUUCUUUGAUAAACAUUUAAAAAAUAAUAAUAAUUUAAAAGGAAAGA